CGCCAUUUCACGUGAAAAGCAGCGCGCUCGGAACACUACUGGGUAGUCCUAUUUUCAGAAAUUUUAUUCAAUCAGCGUUAUUUUAUCGUCUAGCUACUUUAAAGUCGGCUUCGGUGAGUGUAUUACACUAAAGAAGCAUAGUUAUUUCAGUCUAAGCAGCCUCGCUCCGUUGCUUGGAGACGACCAAGAAAGAAAAUGAGCUACGGAAGGCCGCCACCAGACGUGGAGGGAAUGACCUCCCUCAAAGUGGAUAACCUGACUUACAGAACUUCGCCGGAGACUCUCCGUCGAGUUUUCGAGAAGUAUGGUCGGGUGGGGGACGUGUAUAUCCCCCGCGACAGGUACACCAAGGAAAGCCGCGGUUUCGCUUUCGUGCGUUUCCUCGACAAGCGCGACGCCGAAGACGCAAUGGACGCCAUGGACGGUGCGUUGCUGGACGGGCGCGAGCUGCGAGUUCAGAUGGCCCGUUACGGCCGCCCACCGGACUCCAUGUACAGCAGGAGAGGAGCUCCACCGCGCAGAUACGGGGGCUACGGACGAAGGAGUAGGAGUCGAUCAGCCAGUCCUCGGCGUCGCAGACGUAGCCGAAGCCGCUCCAGGAGCAGAAGCCGUUCCCGAUCAAGGAGCCGUAACCGUUACAGCCGCUCCAGGUCCCGUUCCUACUCCAGGUCCCGAUCGAGAUCCAGGUCAAAAUCCAAAUCCAAGUCCAGAACACCCCGGCACAGCAAGUCCAAGUCUCCCUCCAGAUCCCGGUCUCGCUCCAAGUCCAAAUCACGCUCCAGGUCCAAGUCAAGGAGUCCAACCCCGGCCUCCAACAGGGGAUCGAAGUCCCGGUCCAGGUCUAAGUCCAAGAGUGCACCUAAAUCACCAGGAAACAACGAAGCAGAGCCUUAACCCAAGUUUGGAUGCAAUAUCACGAUCUGUUGCAUUGAGCCUUUGAGGACGUCCAGAACUGCCUCAGUUUGAGCAAGAAGAAUCCUAUUACCACUGAAUGCAGACUGAAAGGUUAAUUGGAUCUUGGUAUAAUUUGUUUUAAAUGUUGAAAUUUGUAAUCUGCCAAAACAAAUUCUGUAACUUUGGCAUAAUUUGUAAAGCUGAGUAUAUGAAAGGGAGGUGUUUUUCAGUUUACCUUUUAGGGGGGUGGGGGGCUUCUUUUUUUUCUUUCAAUUUGUAAGUAAUAAAUUCCUCUUCCAUCACCUUGUUUUCUUUUUUUUUUUUUUUAGGCUCCAUUGAUGUUUUUUUUUAAUUGACUAUGAAACCCAUUUGUAAAAUUUAUGUAGAAAACAUCUACAUUUUUGCUUGCAGCAUUUAGUUGUAUUGUCACUCUUUCAGGGUUUUUUUUUUGUGUAAAAUGUAUUAAAGGCCACUUCAAUUAGUGUUUCGCUUAAUCCAGCGACAUGUUUUCUGCUUUUUCUGUCUAGUUUUAAGUUGCUUUCCUAUGACUCUAACCCUCUUUCUUGUGUAUCUUUUGUGCACUAGGCGCAGUUGUGUAGCAGUUGAAUAAUGCUGGUUAGCUGUUAAGAUGCGGUGCAGUGCGGUGGUGACAUGGUGUGGCGUGUUGCGGUGCUGAGUGCCCGGUGCAGUUCCGGGGCUCGACCCUUCGCUGCCGUUUGCCGGUUUGUAAGCUCACAGGUGUGGCAGAUCAUCGUUCCUCUCCUGUCUGUGACCUCUACUUCCCUACAUGUGCUGUAUAUAUUGUCUUCUAUCCUUUUUACCCUUCCUUCUCUUGUGUGUCCCACCCUCAGCCUUCCCUCUGUGGCUUAUCCACUGAAUUGGUCUUGCUUGCUUUAAAAACUGGUCCAGUGGGACUCGGAAGAGAAUGGUCACAGGGCAGUUAAUGGUUUCUUAUAAAACAUUCUGAAUCGCAAACUUCUGUGUGUAUCAGAUGUGUUGUAACUGCUUCAAAUGGAUGCCAAUAAAGGUCUGUGUUCAAUUUAAA